AUGGCGGCCCCCGUGCGGGUCGGCAGCGCGGCUCCGGUGCCCGCCAGAGCCCGAGCGCGGCACGUGGCCCAGCAGAUCCCCGAGGAGAUCCUCGGGAACGCGGAGCUGCGGGAGGCGGCGGAGGCGCUGCCCCCCAACUACAACUUCGAGAUCCCCAAGACCAUCUGGCGCAUCCGGCAGGCUCAGGCCAGGAAGGUGGCCCUGCAGAUGCCAGAAGGGCUCCUCAUGUUCGCAUGCACCAUUGCUGACAUCAUUGAGCGAUUCACGGAUGCAGAGGCGGUGGUGAUGGGGGACGUGACCUACGGUGCCUGCUGCGUGGACGACUACACGGCCCGGGCCCUGGGCGCUGACUUCAUGGUGCACUAUGGACACAGUUGCCUAAUUCCCAUCGACUCCACACAGGGGCUGAAGAUGCUCUAUGUGUUUGUGGACAUAAAGAUCGAUGCAUCCCAUUUUCUUGAGACCAUUCGCUUCAACUUCGCAGCGGGCACCUCCCUGGCCCUGGUCAGCACCAUCCAGUUCGUCUCCACGGUGCAGGCAGUGUCACAGGAGCUGCGCUCCCAGUACAAGGUGUGUGUGCCCCAGUGUAAGCCACUGUCCCCAGGAGAGAUCCUGGGCUGUACGUCACCCCGGCUUGCUCAGGACACGGAUGCCAUUGUGUAUUUGGGCGACGGGCGCUUCCACCUGGAGUCCAUUAUGAUUGCCAACCCAGGGAUACCUGCAUACAGGUACGAUCCCUACAGCAAAGUGUUCUCGCAGGAGCACUACAGCCACGAGCGCAUGCACCGCGCCCGGCAGGACGCCAUCCGAACUGCCACCAGUGCCCGCUGCUGGGGAAUUAUCCUGGGCACGCUGGGACGUCAGGGCUCCCCCAGCAUCCUACAGCACCUGGAAUUGCGUCUCCGCGCCCUGGGCCGGCCCUACGUGCGGGUGCUGCUGUCUGAGAUCUUCCCCAGCAAGUUAAAGCUCUUCCCAGAGGUGGAUGUGUGGGUGCAGGUAGCCUGUCCCCGGCUCUCCAUUGACUGGGGAGAAGCCUUCAGCAAGCCACUGCUGACACCCUAUGAGGCUGCUGUGGCUCUCCAGGACAUCGAGUGGCAGCAGCCUUAUCCCAUGGAUUUCUACGCCAGCCAGUCCCUGGGGCCGUGGACGGUGAACCACGGUGGCACACAGCCCCCGCGGCGCGGGCGGCCGGCACAGGGGAAUCCACUCGUGUCCCCCGCCCUGCCCGAGGGUGGGGAGCAGCCAAGCACCGGGGACACCGCAGCCUCGUGAGUAUCGACUGCCGCGCUCUGUGACCUGGCAUAGGCAGCGGCGGAGGCACCGCUGAUCCCUCCCACCAGGGUAAGCACCACCGGGACACCCCUCUACCACCGCUGGAAUGAUUGGGGUCGCACCCCAUAACUCGACGAGACCACUACCCGCAAGGACCAACCCCGGCUGUGCACAGGGCGAUGUCCCUCGCAAGGCCAGGCCGUGCCGCGGCCCUGCCUGCGGCCGCCACGAUUUCGCCGGGGAUCCCGUCCCGUCCC